AUGACUACGGGAGCGGCCGUUCACCCAGAUGCCCGGAGCCUCGUCGGUCCUACAGUCUGGGGGAAGCAUGGUAUCCCAGGAUUCGGUGGCAUUUAUCCCCACUUGGCCUGGCUCCUGCUGCUUCAGAGGCAGCUGGGCGAGGCCUGGGCGCUUCCCCUUUCUCCUCUCCCUUCAGGGGGUGACCUCCACGUCACUGGGGUGAGGCAGCGGGAGCGGCCGUUCACCCAGAUGCCCGGAGCCUUGUCGGUCCUACAGUCUGGGGGCAGCAUGGUAUCCCAGGAUUCGGUGGCAUUUAUCCCCGGUCACUCCUACUCAACCAUGGCAAUGGCACAGGAAACACAUCCAGUUUGGAACCCAAACAUGUCAGCUUGUGGCCAUAGAGCAGCAAGGAUAGUUGGUGGACAGCCUGCGGCAGCUAAGAAAUGGCCCUGGCAGGUGAGCCUGCAGGUCAAAAGUCAGCAUGUCUGUGGGGGCUCCCUCAUUGGGCAACGGUGGGUGAUGACUGCAGCCCACUGUGUAUAUGGUCAUCUGGAAUACACAGUGGUGCUGGGAGCGAUAAACCUGGUCUCCGGAUUCCCAGUCAGGAUUCCAGUCAAGGACAUCAUUGUUCACCAAGAUUACUCUGUUUGGGGAGCAAUUUUACAUGACAUUGCCCUUGUUCUGCUGGCCACCCCUGUGGAUUUCAGUGCUAACAUCCAACCUGUGUGCCUCCCUGGAAAGGCUUUCCAUGUACCCACUGGGACCAGGUGCUGGGUGACCGGAUGGGGCAAAACAGCUGAACAAGGUAUAUCAUCAAUAUCAAAGCUUCGGGAGGUUCAGCUAAAUGUUAUUCAUCUUGAGAAAUGUAAUCAACUUCUCAAGGAAAACCUGGGACAGAUAUUUAACUUGCUCACAGAUGGGAUAGUCUGUGGUUACGAUAAGAAUGGAGGAGAUGCUUGCCAGGGAGAUUCUGGGGGCCCAAUGGUCUGUGAAUUUAAUAAAACAUGGGUGCAGGUAGGGAUUGUGAGCUGGGGCAUUGGCUGCGGUCGAGCAGGAAUCCCUGGAGUUUAUACAGACGUAAGCUACUACAAAGACUGGAUCAUUACAGAACUGAGUCAAGUUUCAUGUCAAAACUCAGUAAGUGUCCUCAUCUUAAGCCUGUGCCUGCCGCUGCAUCUGGGCAUCCUGGUGACCCUGUGA